CAACUGACAGGCAGAGGUUUCGUAAGAAGCUCUUAUGAUGGUAAAUUGAGAGCAGGGAACUGCCCCCCUAUUAAGUAGCCGAUGGUGGAAAGAUUCUUCCCACUUGGAAAGAGGCUUUUCCUACUUGGACAUCUGCUGGCGGAGCUUCCAGUAGCCAGGGAGGAGAGAGGGGUCCAGCCGCAGCUCCUGAAACUCCUCUGUUACUUUCCAGAGGAGGAGGCUUCAAGCAGGCUGCACAUACAGCUCGGUUGGUUUUUAGGGGGGCUGAAUAGAUUGAUUGAUGCGCUGCUGACCUUAAAGGGCUAAACAUGAAGAUAAGGCUGUCACUGGCCACAGCUGCCUUCUUUGCAGCUCUGCUGUCCUCCAUAGAUGCUCAAGUGGAACCCCCCUCAGACAUGAAAUUUAAAAUUCUAAAUGAAAACACAGUGGAAAUGACAUGGCGGAGACCCUCAUCAACGAUAGAGGGCUUCAGAAUACAAGUUGUAUCAGAUGCAGAUGAACCGGUCAGAGAUUUUACUCUUGAUCCAUAUUCCACUAUGACGUCAAUCACUAACUUGACCCCUGACUUGGACUACUCGGUGUCCAUAAACUCCUUUUAUGGAUCCGAGGAAAGCAUUCCCAUCUUUGGACAAGUAACCAUUCAGUCCAGUAAUACCAGUGGACGAGUCAGGAGGCCACAGUCAGAUGCAAUCAAGUGUUCUGUCAGCGCAAUAGCAGAUUUGGUGUUUUUGGUGGAUGGCUCAUGGAGUGUGGGCAGAGAGAACUUUCAGCAUAUCCGUACUUUCAUCGCCGCCCUGGCAGGAGCCUUUGACAUCGGAGAGGACAAAACUCGAGUAGCUGUGGUUCAGUACAGUACAGACACUCGCACAGAAUUCCCUCUCACUCAAUACAGCCGAAGAGGAGACCUUCUCCAAGCCAUUAACUCCCUGCCAUACAAAGGAGGAAACACCAUGACAGGUGAUGCCAUAGAUUAUCUGCUGAAGAACAUCUUUACAGAGGCAGCUGGAUCUCGAGAAGGGUUUCCGAAGGUAGCCAUGAUCAUAACUGAUGGAAAAUCCCAGGACCCAGUGGAAGAGUAUGCUAAAAGACUUAGGAACAUUGGAGUGGAAAUAUUUGUCCUAGGCAUCAAAGGAGCAGAUGAGGAUGAGCUUAGGGAAAUGGCCUCCACACCUCACAGCAAACAUGUGUACAAUGUGCCCAACUUUAACCAGAUCCAAGAAGUGCAGAAAAAAAUCAUUCAAGAGGUCUGCUCUGGUGUUGAUGAGCAGCUCACCGCGCUGGUCAGCGGAGAAGAAAUGGUGGAGCCUGCCUCUAACCUGCAGGUCACUGAAAUUGCAUCUAAGUCUAUGAGAGUUACAUGGGAUCCAUCCCGGGGUGACAUCACAGGCUACAAGCUGACCCUAAUCCCCAUGUUACCUGGAAUGAAACGCCAGGAGCUGUACUUGGGCCACACCCAGACAUCCAUCAAUGUCCGUGACCUUUCCCCUGAGACUGAUUAUGAGAUCACCCUGUUUGCCCUUAAAGGCCUGACUCCCAGUGAACCCAUCAUGGCUAUGGAGAAGACCCAGCCUGUCAAGGUUUCUACAGAGUGUUCUCUGGGAGUGGAUGUACAGGCUGAUGUUGUCCUUCUGGUUGAUGGCUCAUACAGUAUUGGAUUACAAAACUUUGCCAAAGUCCGUGCCUUCCUGGAGGUUCUCGUCAACUCCUUUGACAUUGGACCCAAUAAGGUGCAGAUUAGCUUGGUCCAAUACAGUCGUGAUCCCCACACUGAGUUUGCCCUCAACACCCACCAUGACAUUAAUGCUGUUGUCAAAGCUGUUCGCACCUUCCCCUACCGCGGAGGCUCCACUAACACUGGAAAGGCCAUGACCUAUGUCAGGGAAAAGAUCUUUGUUUCCUCCCGUGGAGCAAGACAGAAUGUUCCCCGUGUCAUGGUCCUCAUCACAGAUGGAAAGUCAUCGGAUUCUUUUAAGGAUGCUGCAACCAAACUGAGGAAUACUGACGUGGAGAUCUUUGCUGUUGGUGUGAAGGAUGCUGUGAGGUCAGAGUUGGAGGCCAUUGCAAAUCCCCCAGCAGAUACUCAUGUCUAUGAGGUAGAGGACUUCGAUGCCUUCCAGAGGAUCUCCAAGGAACUGACUCAGUCCAUCUGUCUGAGGAUUGAACAGGAGCUGUUGAACAUCAUAAAGAAGAGUCUGCUUGCACCAGAGAAUUUGGUUUUCUCUGAGGUUACAUCCAGAAGUUUCCGUGCCACCUGGACAGCUCCUAAUGCCAAUGUCUUAUCUUACCUGGUUCGUUUCCGAAAGGCAGAAGAUGUCACUGGAGACUACAUUUCCAUGGCAGUGCCUGGUGAUACCACCACAGCUGUUCUGCCCCACCUUACACCUCUCACUACGUAUGAAGUCUUUGUCUUUGCGCAAUAUGACAAAGGUGACAGUUUUGCUUUGACUGGUGAAGAAACCACUCUUGAAGAAAAAGGAACUGUAAGAAACUUAGGUGUUUCGGAGGAGACAACAAACAGUUUCAGGGUGUCGUGGCAGUCUGCUCCUGGUCCGGUGGUCAGGUAUAAACUCUCCUACAUGCCACUAAGUGGUGAUGGUUUGAUACAAGAAGCCUAUACUGGUGGACCUGAGACGACUAUAGUUCUCCAAGAGCUGCUCCCCAUCACAACCUACCGUGUGUCUGUGGCUGCUGAGUAUCCAACUGGCUUGGGGGAUGACAUGCAUGUGGACGGUACCACCAAGGAAUUGCUGGGAUCACCUCGUAACCUUCGUGUCUUUGAUGAAACUAUAUCCACAAUGAAACUGGCAUGGGAGGCUGCUCCAGGAAAUGUUCUCCAGUACAUCAUUGCAUUCAAACCAGCUGAGGGUGGUGAAAGGAAUGAGAUAUCUGUCAAGGGAGAUACCACCCAGGCUGUGCUGAGGAACCUCCAGCCGGCAACUGAAUAUGAGCUGUUUGUUACUGCUAGCUACACUUCUGGUGUGGGGGAGCCUCUUCUGGGCACAGGAACCACCUUAGAAGAACUUGGUUCACCCAGAGACUUGGUGACCUCAGAUGUCACUGACACCAGUUUUGGUGUUUCGUGGACCGCAGCCCCUGGGAAUGUUCGCCAGUACAGGAUCACAUGGAAGUCUAUGUUCACUGAGGAGAGUGGAGAAAAGACGAUACAAGGAGACACCACAGCUACAGUUUUGGACGGUCUAACCCCAGAGACACGUUAUCAGGUCUCUGUUUAUGCUAUUUAUGGCCAUGGCGAGGGCCAGCCUCUGGCGGGAGAGGAGACCACGGAUGUCUCGGCCAAUGGCAGAACGAUCGUUGUCUCAGAGGAGACAGAGAAGAGCAUGAAGGUGACAUGGCAACCAGCCCCAGGAAAUGUGCUCAACUACCGUGUUACAUAUAAACCCAAGGUUGGAGGACGCCAGCUGGCAGCCAAGGUGCCUGGUGGCACUACCUCUACUGUGCUGAGGCGCCUUACUCCCCUCACCACCUAUGACAUUACUGUCCUGCCAGUUUACCGUUUCGGAGAAGGCAAAGCAAGGCAGGGAGAAGGAACAACAUUGUCACCUUACAAAGGCCCUAGGAACCUAAAGACAUCAGAGCCUUCUAAGACCAGUUUCCGUGUAACCUGGGACCAUGCUCCUGGUGAUGUUAAAGGGUACAAAGUCACCUUCCAUCCUGUUGGGGAUGACAUUGAUUUGGGAGAACUUCAGGUUGGCCCCUAUGACAACACUGUGGUGCUAGAGGAACUCAGAGCUGCUACCAAAUACACAGUGAAUGUAUUUGGUGUGUUUGAAGGGGGAGAGAGUAUGCCAUUGGCUGGAGAGGAAACAACUACUUUGUCUGAUGCACCAGACAUACCACUUUAUGAACCAUCAGAUGUGAUGUGUAAGACCACUGCACAGGCUGACAUUGUGCUGUUGGUGGAUGGUUCCUGGAGUAUUGGCCGUCUCAACUUCAAGACCAUUCGUGCCUUCAUUGCUCGCAUGGUGGGAGUGUUUGACAUCGGCCCUGAAAGGGUCCAGAUUGGUCUUGCGCAGUACAGUGGAGACCCAAAGACUGAAUGGCACUUGGAUGUUCACAAAAACCGGGCGUCACUGUUGGAUGCUGUGGCUAACCUGCCCUAUAAAGGAGGAAACACCUUGACUGGUUUGGCUUUGAACUACCUCCUGCAGAACAAUUUCAAAGAGAAUGUUGGGAUGCGGCCCAACUCUCGCAGGAUCGGUGUGUUGAUCACUGAUGGCAAGUCCCAGGACGACGUCAUUGUGAACUCUCAGAACCUGCGUGAUCAGGGCAUUGAGCUCUAUGCUAUUGGUGUGAAGAAUGCUGAUGAGAAUGAGUUGAGGUCCAUUGCCACUGACCCUGAUGACAUUCACAUGUACAACGUGGCUGACUUCUCCUUCCUGUUGGACAUUGUGGAUAAUCUCACAGACAACCUCUGUAACAGUGUCAAGGGACCAGGAGGUCCUCCGGAUGGCCCCACUAAUCUAGUGACCUCAGAGGUGACUCACCAGUCCUUCCGUGCCACCUGGACUGCCCCUGAAGGCCCAGUGGAAAAGUAUCGCGUGGAGUACAUGACUGUCUCUGGACGCCCACAACAGGUGUUUGUGGAUGGCACUGAGACCACAGUGGUCCUCCAGGGCCUGAACCCACUGACCCAGUACCUGGUCAACGUCUACUCUGUGGUGGGAGAGGAGAGCAGCGAGCCUCUGAAAGGAACAGAGACCACAUUGCCCCUGAGUGCUGUGAGGAGAAUGGACAUUUAUGAUGAGCAGACCACCACCAUGCGCGUCAGAUGGGAGGAGGCUCGGGGUGCCACAGGCUACAUGCUGCUGUACAGCGCCAUCAACGCUACCCAGCCCACCACUGAGCAGGAGAUGAGAGUGGGAGCUGAUACAACUGAUGUCCAGCUAGUGAGAUUACUCCCCAACACAGCCUAUACACUUUCCCUCUUCGCCUUGCAUGGAGAAUCAGCAAGUGAACCACUGACCAAGCAGGGAGUUACCCUGCCCCUGCCUCCUGCAGGUGAACUGAGGGUUCGUGACAUCACCCACAGCACCAUGAGGCUUAACUGGGACGCUGCUCCUGGUGCUGUUCGCAAGUACAUCAUCACCUAUACACCUGAGGAUGGUGAUGACAAACAACUGGAAGUUGGUGGAAGUGUGACCACCAGACAACUGGACAACCUGAUGUCUCAGACUGAAUAUGCACUGGCUGUGACUCCAGUCUAUGAUGAGGGACCUGGUCAGACAAUGAGAAAUUCUGCAAUUACUGAUGUGGUUCCUGCGCCAAAGAACCUGCGUUUCUCCGAAGUUACCCAGACCAGCUUCAGGGCUACCUGGGAACAUGGAGCGCCUGACGUGGCUCUGUAUCGUAUUGGCUGGACAAAGAAAGGAGACAGCAACUACCAAUACGCCAUUCUGAACAAUGAUGAGACAACCCACGUUCUAGAGAAUUUGGAGCCAGAUACACCUUAUGAUGUGUCUGUCACUGCAAUCUACCCUGAUGAAUCUGAAAGCGAGGACCUGCUGGGCACUGAGAGGACAUUGUCCAGACAGUCUGGUCCAUCACCUAAUGCACCUCCGACAAACCUAGUUGUGUUCAAUGAAACCACCACCAGUCUGAAUGCCAGGUGGAAUCCAGCCGCAGGUCGCGUCCAGAACUACAGAAUCACUUACGUCCCAACAUCUGGAGGCAGGAGCCAGACCACCCAGGUUGGAGGGAAGAAGACGACUGUCCUGCUUCCCAAGCUGACCCCUGACACUGAAUACUCCAUCAGCGUGGUGGCAGUCUAUGCCAGAGGAGUCAGCGGAGAGCUCAAUGGCCUUGGCAAGACCAAACCUCUUGGUGGUGUUAGGAACCUGCAGGUCACUGACCCCACUACCAGCACACUGAAUGUCAAAUGGGAGCCUGCUGAGGGUAAUGUGCGUCAGUACAGGAUCUUCUACGUCCCUGCAGCCGGAGGAGUAGAGGAAACGGCACAAGUAUCAGGGAGCACUUUCAACACUGUGCUGAAGAACCUGCAGUCUGAUACCAUCUACACUGUGACUGUGGUUCCAAUCUACUCAGCUGGAGAAGGACAGCGCAUGUCCGAGAACGGCAAAACUUUGGAGCGGAGUCCUGUCAGGAACAUUCAGGUUUUCAACCCCACUACCAACACGUUGAACGUUCGCUGGGAGGCUGCCACAGGCCCAGUCCUGCAGUACCGGGUGGUCUAUACUCCUGUGACUGGUGCCAGACCAUCUGAAUCGAUUCUUGUACCAGGAACAACUACCACAGCCCUGCUGGAGAAGCUGAUACCACAAACUCAAUACAAUGUUGGAGUGGUUGCCCUGUACGCCGAUGGAGAAGGACCCGCUGUCAGUGAUGCUGGAACCACACUUCCCCGCAGUGGCCCCAGGAACCUACGUGUAUAUGACCCCACCACCAGUACUCUAUCUGUGACCUGGGAACAUGCAGAUGGUCCUGUCAUGCAGUAUCGCAUCACCUAUGCCCAGACAACCGGAGACCCCAUUGAGGAAUAUACAACUGUACCAGGAAACAGAAAUAACGUGGUGCUGCAGAACUUGGACCCAGAUACCCCUUACAAUAUCAAAGUGACUGCAAUCUAUGCUGACGGACCCGGAGGAGAGCUGGAUGGAGAUGGACGUACAGUGGGUAUGCUCGGACCCAGGAACCUUCGGGUUUCUGAUGAGUGGUACACACGCUUCAGGGUGGCCUGGGACCCAGCACCCUCCAAAGUCAAUGGAUACAAACUCAUCUACCAGCCUGAGGGCUCCGAUGAGUCCACAGAGGUGUUUGUUGGAGAUGUGACCGCCCACCAACUGCAUAACCUGAAACCUGGAACCACCUAUGACCUGAAGGUGCUGGCGCAGUACAGCACAGGUGUCAGUGCACCUCUUAUUGGACAGGGAACCACAUUGUACCUGAAUGUGACAGACCUGACCACCUACAACGUUGGCUAUGACUCUUUCUGCAUCCGAUGGGCCCCUCACAGAGCAGCUACCUCCUACAGACUCAAAGUCAACCCCUUUGAUACCUCCAAGGGUGGAGCACAGGAGAUUACUGUCAGAGGCUCCGAGAGCAGCUACUGCUUUGACGGCCUUACCCCCGACACUCUGUACAACGCCACCGUAUACACUCAAACUCCCAACCUUGAAGGCCCUGGAGUCAGUGUCAAGGAGAGAACAUUGGUUAAACCAACUGAGGUCCCAACUGAGCCUCCUACUCCUCCUCCUCCAGCCACAGUCCCUCCUGCAUUAGAUGUGUGCAAAGGUGCCAAAGCCGACCUCGUCUUCCUCAUCGACGGCUCAUGGAGUAUUGGAGAUGAAAGCUUUAACAAGGUCAUCCAGUUUGUUACGAGCAUGACCGGAGCUUUUGAUGUCAUCAGCCCUAAUGGCAUGCAGGUCUCAUUUGUGCAGUUCAGCGAUGACGCCAAGACUGAGUUCAAGCUUAACACAUACCACGACAAGGGCAUAGUGUUAUCAGCUUUACAGACCGUCCGCUACAGAGGAGGAAACACCAAGACAGGCAUUGCAAUGAAGCAUGUCUAUGAGAAGGUUUUCACCUCAGACAGCGGCAUGAGGAGGACUGUUCCAAAGGUGCUGGUGGUGGUCACAGAUGGACGCUCUCAGGAUGAUGUCAAAAAGAGCGCUGAAAAACUGCAGCAUGCUGGCUACAGUGUGUUUGUGGUCGGUGUGGCUGAUGUGGACAUGACAGAGUUGAGGAUUAUUGGCAGCAAGCCCAGUGAAAGACAUGUGUUUGUGGUAGAUGACUAUGACGCUUUUGCCAAGAUCCAGGACAACCUGAUCACAUUCAUCUGUGAAACGGCCACUUCCACUUGCCCCCUGAUCUACAUCAAUGGGUUCACCACACCUGGCUUCAGGAUGCUUGAGGCUUUCAACAUCACAGACCGAAAUUUUGCUGGCAUGAAUGGUGUGUCCAUGGAGCCGGGUUCCUUCAACAGCUUCAUUGCCUACAGGCUACACAAGGAUGCCUUCCUAAAUCAGCCCACCAAGGAGAUCCAUCCGGAAGGUCUUCCCCCGUCCUACACUAUCAUCCUGCUCUUCCGCAUGCUCCCCGACACAGGCUCUGAACCUUUUGAUAUCUGGCAGAUUUCCGACAAAAGCAACAACCCAGAGGUUGGACUCACCGUCAACCCUUCCAGCAAAACAAUCACGUUCUACAACAAGGACACCCGAGGAGAGAUCCAAAAAGCAAUGUUUAAUGAGGAGCAAGUGAAGAGGGUUUUCCAUGGGAGCUUCCACAAGCUCCACAUCAGCAUCUCUCCAGAAAAAGUCAAGCUCAAUGUAGACUGCCAAGAGGUGGCAGAGAAGCCCAUCAAGGAGGCCAACAACAUCACAGUGGAUGGCUAUGAAGUUCUUGGCAAGCUGGCCAAGUCUGGAGGCGGAAAGAGGCAGUCUGCAACAUUCCAGCUCCAGAUGUUUGAUAUUGUCUGCAGCUUGAGCUGGAUCAGCAGAGAUAAAUGCUGUGACCUGCCUUCCACGAGAGACGAGGCCAAGUGUCCAUCUCUUCCCCACUCUUGCACAUGCACACAGGACAGUAUCGGCCCCCAGGGACCUCCUGGACCUUCGGGUAGCCCAGGUUCUAAAGGACCACGAGGAGAUAGAGGAGACCCAGGCACUGCCGGUCCUUUGGGUCCACGAGGUGAACCAGGACUUCCAGGCGCAAUGGGACCACCAGGUCCACAAGGCCCUAAUGGACUUUCUCUACCUGGAGAACCUGGUCGACAGGGACCAAAGGGAGAUCCUGGAGACCCAGGCCUGGCUGGUCUGCAAGGUGCUCCUGGGCCACGUGGUCCUCUGGGCCCUGUUGGACCAAGCGGAGCGCGGGGACCACCAGGAAAGGAGGGAUCAUCUGGACCCAGAGGUCCACCAGGGCCCAUGGGAAGCCCUGGAAAUCCUGGUGUACCCGGAAUUACUGGCAAACCAGGGAAACCAGGAGAACCAGGAAACCCAGGACCCGUUGGCCUUAAAGGAGAGAAGGGAGAGAGGGGAGACUUUGCUUCUCAAAAUAUGAUGCGAUCCAUCGCCAGACAAGUUUGUGAACAGCUUGUGAACAGUCAAAUGAGCAGAAUUGACAUGAUGCUCAACCAGAUUCCUUCUGGAUAUCGUAGCAACUCUCCAGGGCCACCUGGUCCUCCUGGCCCUCCUGGCAACCAGGGAAGCAGAGGAGAGCCUGGACAGCCUGGUCGAACUGGUUUCCCAGGAAGCCCAGGUUUACCUGGAAAUCAAGGAGAAAGAGGUUUGCCAGGAGAGAAGGGCGAGAGGGGUCCUUCAGGAGUCGGUACCAGAGGACAAAGAGGUGCAACUGGGCCACCAGGGCCACCAGGCGAGUCGAGAACGGGACCCCCGGGACCAUCUGGCUCUUCUGGGGCUCGUGGCCCUCCAGGUCGCCAGGGUACCCCUGGGGUGAGGGGACCACCAGGACCUCCUGGAUACUGCGACUCCUCUCAGUGUGUUGGCAUUCCUUACAAUGGACAAGGAUACACAGCUGGCCGCUUCCAGCCUGGACCUGAGGUAGUGUCUAUACCUGUGGAGCCAGCUGGAGAGUUUGAGACAAUACAGUCACCUGGUUACACAGGAACCCAACGAAGAAAGAGAUCGCUACCACAAGACAAUACAGAAAAGCUAGCAUCAUAGCUACAGUGAGGAGUUCUCAGAAAGUGUAAUGUUGAAAUAACUUCAAUGAUCACAUAUGUGAGGAUGAAGUGAUAUCAGAACCAAACUUAGUACCUAUGGGUUUGAUACCCCUGGCUAUAUUGAACAUAUAUAUUUUUUUGACAUGAGAAAGUUUAGCAAGUUUAAUACAAAACUACAUGUUCCUUCAUUACAAACCUGUGUGCUUGCUAAGUGUUCCCUUAAGUGUCUGCUUGUAAUAUAACUGCAAGUGUUUAUCAGACUUCAUUGUGUACUGCACUAAUCAUGUGAAAACCAGCAGAAAGUGUGUCAAAGGAAGUACAGUAUGUAUGUUUUUGGACCACCCAUGUUGUCUUUGUCUAUGUCAGAUUUCAGUACGGAAAACUGUUUCAGAUACCCCCCCCACCACCACCCCCAGCAAAAAGGUUUAUUGAAAUAUCAAAGAUUUACCAAAGAGUUGUCCAAUGUUGUAUAAGGCCUGUAAACCAAAUGCUAAUCUGACUUAUUGUAACAGAUCAAACGUAUUGUUUUGUUUUGAUAUCUUCUGUUACCAAAGGUGGAAUUGCAUGUUUGUGUUGUAUAUUUACUGAGGAGUUCUAAGUCAGAAUAUAAUUGUUGUUUUCUAUCAGUGCAGUUGGAUUUGGUUGCAAGACUAUUGACGUAGAAUUGCUUUUCUCAUGUUUUAACUGCACAUUUUGUGAAUUCCACACAGCCUUAUUUUCUUAUUUAUUUCUGAAACAGAAGAGGCAUUUUUCAAUAAAACUACUGAAAAUGUA